UUCCGGCUUGCCCCGGCUUUGGGCUGAAAGCCGGGGCAGACUUGCUGGUUCGGGUCUGGGUUCCCGUCGCGGUCCCGCCAAGGCGGCGACUGCGGUAGGAAGAAGGGAGUGUUGGGCGCACUGGCACUAUACUUCGCAGCCUUAUCUUAGCUCAAAAUGAACUAUAUGCCUGGUACCGCCAGCCUCAUCGAGGACAUCGACAAAAAGCACUUGGUCCUGCUUCGGGAUGGAAGGACACUAAUAGGCUUUUUAAGAAGCAUUGAUCAAUUUGCUAACUUAGUCCUACAUCAGACUGUGGAGCGUAUUCAUGUGGGCAAAAAAUACGGUGAUAUUCCUCGAGGGAUUUUUGUGGUCAGAGGAGAAAAUGUGGUCCUACUAGGAGAAAUAGACUUGGAAAAGGAGAGUGACACACCCCUCCAACAAGUGUCCAUUGAAGAAAUUCUUGAAGAGCAAAGGGUAGAACAACAGACCAAGCUGGAAGCAGAGAAGCUGAAAGUUCAGGCACUGAAGGAUCGAGGGCUCUCCAUUCCGCGAGCAGAUACUCUAGAUGAGUAUUAAGUUUUCUACUCAGAGACCACUGCACUUUCACAGAAUUAAAGAAGCAUCUUGGUCACCUUACACAUUUGACUAAAGACUAUAGGGUUCAGAAAAGUCCUUUUUAUUUUUUAAUUCCUUCACAUAUGCAACAUGAAGAUAUCAACUGACCUUUUUGCUUUUUCCUUUUUAAUAACAAGAUCAUCAUUUAAAAAAAUACAGAGGCAUGGACUCCUUUCAUUCAUCACUGUGAAGCCAGCAACUACUUCUAUUUGCUCUUCUCGUCUCAAAUUAGAGUUUGCAGUGGACAUUUUUCACUUACUUGUAAAUAAAAUAUGAAUCUCAUAACGCUCA